UGACGAGUACAGAAGUUUCUAAGACUGUGCUUUACUAAUUUUGUGUAUAACUGUGUAUGAAACACCACUGUCAAAGCUAUGCCAUCGCUGCUGCAGGAACCAGCACCACAACGCGACCUGAAGCCACGGGAGCUGAAGCACAGGUGACUCCACUUCGUGGCAGAAAACUGAAAUCCAGCCUGUAGCACCAAACCAAGAGCCGAUCUACACCACCCCAUGUGAACACAACCCUCGGCCAACCAUUAACACCAACACAGCAUAUGAUGAUUGCUGGUUUGUGGAUUUUAUUUCAGGUAAUAACGAGUAAGUCCAGGCCCAACGCUCUCAACCUGGAGCUCGUAGCUCCUCGGCCCCGACGCUGGGGAUCGUUACCUGUGGGUAGGCCACAGCCAGCGGUGCGGAGACGGUCCGGGAGACCCGGUUCCCGCACCCACCCGCUCCCCGCCGCGUUGGGCAGCACGGGGACUGGCGGGCGGCCGGCCCCUUCGCCCGGCGGCGGCUGCAGGAAGCAUUCCCCCUUCCUGAGGAAACCGCACCGGCCUCCCCGGGGUUGCCAAGAGCCGCCCUGAGGUUCGGCGAGGCCCGGGGCUGAUGCCGCGCUUGAGACGCCGGCCGCCGGGCCGAGCCCGGCCUUCCUCUCCCCACAGGCCGGGCGGGCUCCGGUCCCCGGGCCCCACGCCCCACGCCCCACGCCCCGGGCAGUGCGGGCGCCAUGAGCGUUCCGUGACGGCUGAGGCCGGGCCGGGCCGUGCUCUCCGCCACACCCCGCCACGCGGCGCGGGUUCCUCACUGCGGGUUGCCGCGAGUGUGCAGCGCAGCAGGAUGGCGCCGACGCUGCUGAACCUGGCCCACUGGAGCACCUGGGCGGUGUGCGCCGUGAUCAAGCUGCCGCAGCUGGCGGCCGUGCUGGCGGCCGGGUCGGCGCGGGGGGUCAGCGCGGGCAGCUUGCUGCUGGAGCUGGCGGGCUUCCUUGUGUUUCUGAGGUACCAGAUCUAUUAUGGUUACCCUCUGCAGACAUACCUGGAAUAUCCCAUCAUCAUUGCACAAGACGUCAUUCUCCUUUUGUGUAUUCUGCAUUUCAAUGGAAACAAGAAACGAGCUUUGUUCUAUGCAGUCACAUUCUGGGGGGGCUGGUAUAUGCUAACACUGCGGAAGUGGAUAAUAGACCUGGCCUUGAAUUUGUGCACAUUCAUCAGUGCGGCCAGUAAGCUGGCUCAGCUGCGGUGUCUCUGGGAGACAAAAGAUUCUGGACAAGUCAGCGCCUUGACCUGGAGUAUGUCUGCAUAUACCUGUGCAACAAGAAUAUUUACAACCAUAAUGACAACGAAUGAUCUCGGGGUUCUCAUCCGUUUCAUAACCAUGCUCAUUCUCAAUAUUUGGGUCACAGCCACAAUCCUGCAGUACAGGAAGACUAAAAAGACUGAUUAGAAGACACUCAUCAGCACACACCACAGUUACCAUCAAAACCCCUGACACAAUUAAGGUUAAACAACAGAAGAAAGGUCAAGGAAGCUCCCUCUCUCUCUAAGCCUGGUAUUCACCCUAAGCAUAUUUAGUACAGUCAUGCUUGUUUUCUCUUAGAAAUAAUUCUGAUAAGAUACUUAAUUUAAGCAGCAUAUUUUUAUUGGUCAUUUAAGACAAACUUCACUAGUAUCACAUUUUCUUUGGAUUUUUUACUAAACGAACAAGGUAUUUCAUGUUUAAAUGUUUAUAUAGUCUCGUAUCACUUCAGUACUUCCUGGUUACAUAUAAGCAAUUUUCUUCAAUUUUGCACCAACAUAGCAACUCAUCUUUCUGCAUCUGCUGGGAGCAUGAAAAACAACAGAUGUUUGUCUUCUUGCAAGCAACUCACUUAGUUCGACAUUAACUAUCUGUAUUUUAGGAUGAAGAAAAUCCAAGUCAAGGCCAAAUCCAAAACCAAGUUCUAAAUGUGUUUUUCUAAGUAAGUCACAAAUCCAGCUGGGACUGUUGUGCUUACAUGAAACACUGAAAUAGUACAACUGUACUAUUGUACAGCUGAUACAAGAUACCCACAGUCACUUUCCUCAAUACACCCAGUUUUGAUUAGGAUAAGAGUAAGAAUUCAGCUCUGAAUUCUAAUUUUUCAACCUGAGCUCUCAUUCACUGAACAUACUUUUUUGGGAACAGCAGACACUAGAAUGUGUAGUAAUUAAUGAAACUUUGAACAGUGUUAAAAACUGCAUUCAGGUGGGAAUUCUUGAACUGAUACCCAGGCUCCCCGAAUGCAGUUCCUAUGGAGAGUGACCUAGCCACACGUGCACUUUUAGGUGCGGCACUGACUCCUCCCCAGUAUCCAAUCACAGUUGUGAUACUGCUCUGUGCUCUGUUAGUUUUUAGCCUGUCUGUGCUAAGUGUGCUGAGGAACAUAAAGGCUUCACUUAAAUUUUUACUUUGCAGAUACUAAUCAAUAUGUAUACUGGCACAGGCUGCCCAGAGACGUUGCUGAUGUGCCAUCCCUGGAGACAUUCAAGGCCAGGCUGGAUGUGCUUCUGGGCAACCUGAUCUAGUUGAAGAUGUCCCUGCUCACUGCAGAGGGGAUGGACUGGAUGACCUUUGAAGGUCCCUUCUAACCCAAACUAUUCUGUGAUUUUAUGAUAUUUAAAAAGGGAAAAGGAAAAUCUUGAGAACUAUUAACAGGGGAUUUUGCUUUUGGAAGUAAUGCCUUUCCAGUCAAAACUCCAAACAAUUUGAUUGUUUGGAGAACAAUCAAAAUUAGUUUUCCAAAAUGAAAAGAUACGGCAUUUCAAGAGUUCUUACAGUUUUAUUGAUGAUUGACAGGUUAAAAUCAUGGCACCCUUGAUCCUGACACCCUUGAAAACUACAGGCAGACUGCACUGAUGUCACUUGAGGCAGGUUUUCCUUCUAAGACAUUGAAUCACAGGGCUGUUGUGGAAGAGGGGGAUGUCCCCUGCAACAGCAAAAGUAGCUGUUUGUGCCAGAGCACACUCCACAGUCAGACCAAGACCUCACCAUCAGAGAGCACAGCUGCUCUGUGAGGUCCCAUUUGAGUGGGAAGUCAUGGGAAGAGGUAUGUCUGUGGACACGAUUUCACAUAUCUCACAUUAUUGAGAGCAAGUUCAGAGAUGAACACUUUUCACUGCUCCAGUAAAAUGUAUAAAUGUUUCUAUGUUGGAUGAGAGAGUAACUACAAAUAUCCUGUUACUAGUUCUACUAAAGCUGUGUUAAGAUACCUGAAGUGGUCUAAAUGGUGGCAGGUGGCAUGUGAUAUAUCUUCCAGGUCUUGUUAAUAAAUGCUAUUCUUCAUGACUAAUUAAUGUCAUUUUUCCAGUUAAGUUCAAUUACAUUUAAUUUUUAUUCUGUUUCCAUAUAUGGAGAGAAAAUUAAAUACUCAUUAUGGGUCAUUAAUGGGCAGCCUUCACCUUAAUACUUGAAACUUGUAUUGACCUGCAAAACGCUAGAGCUCCAGCAUCUUAAAAGGAAAAAAACACACUUCCCAUCUAAUUUACCUAAUUAAAGCCGCCUCUUGAGAAAGAUUCAUGUAGCAAAAGAUUUUUGUAACAAGCCCUCUCUGUUACUGACAUCUUUUAUACUCCUGAGUGAUGCUGUAGCAAAAUGAAGACCUCCAUUUUCGGUUUGAGGAUCAGCACUUCAGAUUGGGUUUUUUUCAUCAUAAAAUGCUGAAAAUGUAUUUAUGAAAUCUUCUCUACAGGUUACUUAACAUAUUUUGAAUAAAGCAUUUUAGAAACCUUGGGAAAAAAGACUGAGGAAAAAAAAACAAGCCUGGGUAAUUCACAAGCUUAAGGUAAAGUAAUUUUGGGGACUUGGAAAUCUGGACCAUGAGUUCUCAUUCAAGCUGCAAGAGAUAUGGAGCAAACCAGAAGGUAGCAGAAGUUCUACACACUCUGUUUUUCCCUCAGAGAACAAUUUCUGCCACUUGGAGAGGCAGACGUACGCUCAAGUCCUGGGCAAGCCCUACAAGAGCGCAGCCCUGUGGUUUUCCAGUACAUAAACCAUAAUCUCCACAGCUGGGUUAAAGGACAAGACACACAGGGAGGAUAAAUCUUGUUAAACUUGUCAUUCAACAGCAUUGGGGCAGGCACAGCAAGUUGUUUGCCACGUAACGCAGUAGCAGCCCAAAGGCAGGCAAGGCCAGACAGCAUUGCGGAUUUACUGCGGCGUGGGUAAGGCAGGAAGUGGCUGUCAUCCCCAGGGCUGGAGGUGACAUGUCUCCAUUGGCAGGUCCUGCUCAAGUGCCCAGUGACACACUCGCUAUCUCGCUACACUGGUUCACAACAUGCUCACAAGGUAAUGUGGCCUUUCCCGUCCUGGUGAGAAAGUGUGGGUCUGUCUGGACUGUCAGAAAGUGUGAGCGUUCUUCACUGUGGGAAGACAAGGUCUGAACUCUAGUGCAGUCCACCAGGUAACCCCAAAUAUCUCCAGCCAUGAAUACGAUGAGCUGCAACAGUGCAUUUGGUAGCAGGUAAGCUACAAACUGCACUGAGCCACACCUCUAACAGUAAGAGGAAACGUUUAUUCUGAGACUCACUACCCCCCAAAAAGAGUGAGGGCACGAUUACAAAGACAGUUGCUGGUCUGAAAGCUAGGAUGCAGACAGUGGAAGACAUGUACAGUUUACUCUUCCCAAAAGCCUAUUUCUGAACUGUCCUCAGUGAACAGGAACAUCCCACACAAAUGCAAACCCAUCCUCUCCACCACUCUACGGGCUUCCAUGUCCCUUAGCACUCUGCGCAGAGACACAUGAUGUAGACAUACCUGUUUCCCUGUGUUAUGCUAAUCCAGCAGAAGAUGUCAGUGCUUGGACUGCUUGGAAGUUCCUGUCCCUGUUUGACCCUUGAGCCUCUUCCGUUGCCUUAUGCUGGGCACGCAGCUGCUCCAUAGCCCGAUUCUGCCAACCUGAACUACUACAGUUUGAGAGAAAGGAGUGCGGUGGGGAAGCGGGGUCACAUCUCAACUGCCAGAGCACAAAGCUGGAUUUUACAGCAGGUUGACUCUUUGGAGAAAGUCGUUCACAAUUAGCUAAAAGGUCCUAAAUAGCUUAUAAUGUGUAGAAAGCCUUCAUUUGCUCCUUUAAGUAAGGUAAAAUUACACUUCCUGGACUGAACAAUCAUUAUCCAUUUAAGGACAUACGUAAUAGGGAAAAAGAAAAAAGGAAAUAACACCUCAGAGCCCACAGGAAGAGCUAUUACAAAAGAAGAGUUACACAGAUGUGGAAAUCAGUUUAAAUGAGGUGGUUUCCCAGCCAUGUCUUUUCUAUUAUGAUAAAUAGUAAUUACUUCCCUGCUAAUUCUUUUCAAGCUCGUUUGUUCCAUCCCUUUCCAGAUUCUUUGGUACUCGAGAUUCAUAUUUAUAAAUGAAGCAGAACAUGAAAUGUUGCCUUCAUCACUAAUAAUGGUCUAACGAUGUCCAGUUUGGAACGUACGCAAGCUGAAAAAAAUCUUAAAAUAGGAUGUUAUUAAAUUCUUGGUUUGUACUGAAUUUAAUUUGCUUGAUUGUGAGCCAGAGUUCUCUAAGACAUUCAAAAGAGUUCUUGGGGAUGAUGGCUGUUGAGGUCACAUAGGUGUCUGGGAGCCACAAUAAAUAUCACCACAAGAACCUGCCAGCUCAUCGGAUGUGCUGGAUCCAACUGUAAGACCUUGGCAGCCUCAGAGACCCGAGUCCAGAGGGACCUCAGAUGUUUCCUGCCAGAUGGCAAGACAGGCAUAUAGACACCUUCAAGUUAAAGUUGUCAGCUAUCCCAUUCUACCUUGGAAGUGGUUCGAGGCAAGCACCAUCUCUGUCCUGGAAAAAAUUCCAGUCUUUGCACCAGGGUAAAAUAAACAGGUUUUUACACUACAUUAUACUUUUGCUGGGACAGCCCUGUUACAAAAAGUGUUUAAUCAUCAGUGACUAAGACAAAUACUCCUUAGUUCAGGAAUACGCUCUUCCCUCAAAGACUUUAAAAGGUUACCACUGGACAAUAAGGAAACAACAUAAUUUCGAGGAAUUAAUGCUUAAGAGUUCUUUCCAUUCCACAGAUCAGCAGGUGGAAGCUCUGUCUCGAGCGGAAGGACAAGUAAGAACAGAAGAGCAGCUUUGCUGCUCUUUUGUGUCCUGCAUACAAAACCAGAAGGCAAAAGGUUUGCGCACAUCAUACCAUUGGGCAAAUUAUCUCCACGUUGCAGCUCAACACAGCCGCUACUGUUCCUUUGUUUUGGGACAAACUGCAUGAAGGAGAACUGAGGAGUGCUACAAUACGGUAAUACAGUACAUUUCCUAAAAUGUCUGGCUUAACAGGGCCCCAGGGAUUCACAGUAGGUGUGGGCAAGCCAAAGAGAGAAAGUGCAACAGCCCCAGCCCCUGAUGGAUUGCCAAAAGAACUCCUGAGGAGCCUGUGCCUCCUCCACACACAGGCUUUGCUUGGUCUCCUUUUGAGCAACCCUCGCCUUUCCCGUACCUGCCACAGCAGUUGCCUAUACAUUUAAAUACUUCAAUUAAUUACCAGCUUCUCAAGUUCAGGAACUAUUUUACCUUACUCAAAUAGUUUAUUUAAAAAUAUAUAUAUAAUAUUCUCCAAUUCAGAAAAGGAUAGAACUUCCCACAAUGUAACUUUUUUUUUUUAUAUAUAUAUAUAUAUAAAAUAUUUAUGCAUUCAGUGAAUGGAAACAGUUUUACUGUAUACAUUUUUAAUGUUGUACUCUAUGCAAAUCUGCAUUGCCUAAAAAUAUACUGUACUUCUGUAAAUCAAAACAAGCAGGGAAAAAACACUGUAGCUGUGCGCUGGGUUAUAAUACCUAACAGAAAUGGUACGAAAGUUCUAGUUUUGAAUUUCAGAACUCACAAACACCAGUUUACUUUGCGAGUGCAUAAAUAGAAGACUGAAUACAUUCUGGCUCUGUUAAGCUGAACUGUAGCAGAGGUUACAAAAUGUAAAUAUAUUUAUUAAUUUUCAGUAUUUCAGUGUUUCCAAGUCCACCUUUCAUGAUAGUGUUAAAUAAAUCAUGGUCCUAUCCUUCCAAACAUUUCAACACUCUUUAAAAAACAAAAUACAAACAAACAAUUUUUAAAGUGAAAUGUCCUCCUUCAUUGAAGUGUUAGAUCAUAUUUUAAAUUACUGCACUCCCACACAAUAUUUUAUAUAUAUAUAUAUUUUAAAUAUAUAUAUAUUUAUAUAUAUAAGGAGACCAAAUAGGAGACUACAUUUUUUUGCUGUCAAUAUGUUUAACAUCGCAUACUGUAGUUGUAUAAAACAUGCAUUUUCUGGGAUAAUUAUGAACACAUCGUGAAUGAGCCCACAUAAAUUAUAUUUUUUGUACAACUCCAAGUUAAAAAAGAAAAGUCAGAUUAAGUGCCUCUGAGGCCUUUUCUUCCCAGCUAUCAGUUCUCAAGACACACUACUGAAUUAUUAUCCAUGCCUACAGCUAUGUGCUAGAGAACCAGAUUUAAAAGUUUAAAAUACACCUACAGUAUGUUUUACUUAAAGUUUGUGACAGUCCUCGGCUAUUGUGUUGUGAAAUGUAAAAAUAAUCACAGAUUCUUUUCUUGUUUUCCAGAAAUAAAAAACACAUCUAGGAGAGUAUGCAAAGACAAGGCAAAAUGAAGUUUCAUAGCACUUAAUGAGGGUUAAUAUAAGUCAAUAACUAAUAUUGAGGUUUGCAAAAAGGGCUGGAUGAGCAGUUACAUGUACAAGCAAAUGGUCAGGUAACUCCCAAUGGUAUCACAUGUUGUUUCUGUAACCAACACUUCCUCCACCCUUAAAAAACCAAUCGAUAUACAUUCAAAAUAGGCUGACAUUGAUAUACUUAGUAGGUGUAAAAAUAGUGCACUAUUUUUUCUGCCACAAAGCAAAACUGCAUCCUCAGAGCUGGUAAACCUUCUUUUUUCCUUAAAUAGAGAGAAUGGGCAAAAAAACUCGGAAAAAAAAUUUAAAUUAAGGCAAUUAGACAGGUAAAACAGGACUGCCCAUGAUGACGUAGCUGAGACUAGUAUAUCCUUCAAACUUGUACUAGCUGCUGAACACUGACAUGCAGCUUCUGAUUGAUAGACGUGUAUGAAUGAUAUAAACUUCAACAUUAUGGCUUUAUACAAGUGCAUAGUUGCAACUGCAAUAAGUAACGGUAUCUGAUUAAUAAGCAUAAAAAAAUAAAGUGGAAAGAUUUUUAAAACCCUCUUGCAGUAUUACAGUACAAUAUAUAUACACAGUAUAAUGGUCACUUCUCACAGAUGCAGUCUGUAUCACUGUGGUGGAUCUUCCUCUUGCAGACAUGCUGGUGGCAUCUUUAUGAAAGCUGAAAAGUCAGUUUCUUCCAUUUUAAUAUUCAUUCUUCUCAAUUCUUUUAUGAAAUGUAGUGUAUGUCUUGCCAAGAAAGCUUUUGUGGAACAGAGUUUAAAAGGUUACCUAACAUAUCCUUUUACUAUUUGCCAACCAUUCCUCUUUUGAUCAGUCACUCAGGAGAAUAAAGGAAAACCAUCAGAGAUUAGUAAUUUAUAUUGCAGCAAAAAUGUAAACCUCUGAUAUAUAUAGCACAAUCUCUCAGGAAAAUAUAUAUAUUUUUAAUAUAUUUUGGGAUAUGUUUCAGUCUUGCUGUAACAGGAAGAAAAUUAUCACCUUGAAUUGUGUCUGCAUUCAUGGAAAGCAGUUAGCUGAAAAAGAAGCAGGAAGUUUGGUCAGUAAAUGCAACGAAUGUAAAUCUGACACAAAUAUACUUCCUCAAAGUCUUCAUUUAAGAUGGGCUCAUCACCAUACUUGGGGAAAACAUAAUUUCUCUGCAUUCGACAGCAUCGUUACUUAAGGAUAGCACAUCCUUAUGCAUUAUGAUCCCAAAUCGAUUAAACCCCCUUGUAAUGUAUGAGGGUAAAGUACAAUAUGCACAAUGUAAUAGUCACUUCUAAAAGAUUAGUAAUUUGUAAGCUUUUAAUACAUAAAGAUGCAGUAUAUUUAAUUAACAUAAUGCUCAUUAUUGUAAACACCAAGAGCUGGUAUCUCAUAUAACUGAGUAGACAACUGAGGUGCAACGCUACUGCUGCUGUCAUCGCCCAUUCUUUUAUAAGGCUGAGUCACACCUUACUUAAAAGAAUCCUUAGGAAUUUAACAUUUAGUUUGGUUUUUUUCCUGUGUAAACAUAACAUUGCAUCAACAUGUAAAAUGAUUAAACACUGAAAACUACAAAAUAGU